GGCUCUCGCGCACCAGCAGAUGGCGGCUUCCCACUCCUGCGCGAGACGGCGAAUUCACCCCGAGAUAGGCAGGUGGAGCGCGAGCGGACGGACUUGAAGUGAAGCAACAGACUGGAUGAGUUUUACAUUGCCCCGACUUGUUAUCUCACUGUCGGACAAAAGGACGGAAAAAGAGGGCUUUAAAAAAGCAACACACGGCAGCUGAAAGAGCAGAAGAGAAACCCAAAGAAGAGGAAGAGCUCGGAUUGUCUGUGCUGUCUGGAAGUGACGGAAAAGACAGCUGUCCCUACCAGAGGCAGCGACCUCUCACCAUGCAGCACUACGGGGUGAACGGCUACUCUCUGCACGCCAUGAACUCCCUCAGCGCCAUGUAUAACCUGCACCAGCAGGCCGCGCAACAGGCGCAGCACGCGCCCGACUACCGGCCGUCCGUGCACGCGCUCACACUGGCAGAGAGACUAGCUGACAUCAUCCUGGAGGCUCGCUACGGCUCUCAGCACCGCAAACAGCGCCGGAGCCGCACGGCCUUCACCGCACAGCAGCUGGAAGCGCUGGAGAAGACUUUCCAGAAGACCCACUACCCGGAUGUGGUAAUGAGGGAGCGGCUGGCCAUGUGCACCAACCUGCCCGAGGCCCGUGUGCAGGUUUGGUUCAAAAACCGCAGAGCCAAGUUCCGUAAGAAGCAGCGUAGCCUCCAGAAGGAGCAGCUUCAGAAGCAGAAGGAGACUUCAGGGGAAGGAGGAAGCGAGAAGGAGGACACACCUCCAUCCACAACUAUCCUUCCUGACACCCAGCUGCCUCCUUCAUCCUCCUCCUCCUCCUCCUCCUCUUCUCUGGAGACAGAGGGCCCCGUAGUCAGGCCUGUACCGCUGGACAUGGAGCUGAACGUCACGUCAGCAGAACACUCUGGCAGCGAGUCGGCGACAGAGGAUAAUGCCACAGAUAAGGAGGACGAGAGUAAAUCUCAGAGUGAGGAGAUGAGGUGUGAGAGAGCAGUGACACCUGGGGACGUCUCUCCAGUUUGCAAAAGACUCAGCCCUAAACCAGACUCUCCCCUGGUCUCUCCGUCCGUGACCCCCUCCUCCUCCAGCAGUGGCCUGGCCAGCAGUGGUCCUCUCUCUCAGAGCCACUCUUACUCUUCCUCCCCUCUCAGCUUGUUUCGCCUGCAGGAGCAGUUCCGCCAGCACAUGGCUGCCACCAACAACCUGGUGCACUACCCUGCCUUUGACCUCGCUGCCCCAUCUUCACUCCCCUACCUGGGAAUGAAUGUUAACAUGCCCCCCACGCCGCUGGGCUCUCUGCCCUGCCAGUCUUACUACCAGUCCCUGUCCCAUCACGCCCAGCAGGUGUGGAACAGCCCGCUGCUGCAGGCGUCGGCUGCAGGCGGCCUCACCAGCCACAACAACAAGACCACCAGCAUUGAAAACCUGCGUCUGAGGGCCAAACAGCACGCUGCCUCGCUGGGACUGGACACAAUGUCUAACUGAGAAUCAGAUCGUAUGGAGGACAAUGUCAGCUAGGCCAGAGCCUCAGCCUGCACAUCACCCCAUCCUACUGCGUGUCUGUGUGACUGUGAUAGUUCUUUAGGAACCGUAUACUGAGUAGAUGGGCACAGGACAUGCAGAGAUGUCCAAAAAUAAAACAUGCCAACAUGCACUGGACCUACAGAUCUUCAUUUAACAGCUUUUUAAGACAGACCACACUUACGCAGCUUUUUUGACUCCUCUAAGCUUCCGUUGCAGCUCAAGAUCCAAAAGUAUAACCUCGGGAAAAGAAAACCCACAAGAUACUGAACACUGCUUGAAUAAUGCGACGGAUCAAGUGAAUGUUCCGACUCAGAGGACAGUGAACGUGUUUCUGACUCAUUUGAUGAUGUUUCCAACCGACAUGUAAUGCUGGACCUUCUUAACAUCUGAAAUAAUAAAAAAAAAGAACAACUGAAAAUGAUGUACACAGCUGAUGAUGGAUGCACUCAGUUUAAAAGACAAUGCAAAUACUGUUUACAAGGAUAAUGUGAAUAAAUGAGGCACUUUUGAAGGAAUUAGGCUCAUUGGCCAGGAGGAAAAAGGUAUCGCUCAAGCAGCAAAGAGACCAUUGCUGUCACAGGACUAUUGACGUUUCAAUUAAGCAGCACGGUUAUGUACAUAGCAUGUACUACAUAACAGCACAUAAAUAAAAAUAAACUUCAAGCCAUGUUGUCCUCAACAGCAUAAUUAAAAGUGACUAAUUUACCAGUUUAAUGGCCAGUAAUAUGCCACUUUGUACAGAGGCUGGCUUGAUAAUGAGAAAAUGAUUUCAGUGACUAAAUUCUCAAAGCUUUUAAUUACAUUUUGCCCUGGGCUGAGGGAGCUGGGGCAAAUGCAAUUAUGAACAUGCAUAACAUUUAAGACCGCCUUUAUAAAUUAAAAAGGUCUGUGCACUAAAACGGUAAAUUAAGGUCACAACAUGACUGACAUCAGUUUACCAUGAGUUGAUCUAUUUCCUUUGGAUACGAAAUGAUAUGGUAAACAAAUUUGGACUUUUGGAAAAAUGUCUUGACUCAUAUUCUCGCCUUAAUAUUCUCUUGAGGAAACAUGCAGCUUUUCACUGAAAGUCCGACUGACUGUUAGCACUUGAUGAGGAGAAUCACACGCGUCCCUGAUGUUUUCUGUUAAUGUGUUCUGGAAGCUAAUGUCUGCAUAUGAAAAAAAUGCACAUUAUUUUAGUAUGUAAAAUACAAAAAAGUCUAUCUAUUAAUGUUUACUGGUACGGUAAUUGUAAAGUUCCUAUUAUGUUGUAUAAUUGAUAAUGGACUCUGUCUCAGAUAAAAUUCCUUUAGCUGUCAGAUUGUAAGAUUGUAUUUGCUGAGCUCACCGGCAGCCCCGUCGACCCCUCCUCUCCUGGUUGUCUGUGUAACGGUCCUGGGUUGAAUUAAUAUUUUAAAUGUGUUCACUUUCUUCUCUGGAUUUGGCUAGAAAAAUUAAAUAAAUUUGGAUUGCGGGAAAACUGAAAACAUCUGUAUUUUGCAAUCCAGACAGAAAAGUGAAUAACUGACCCGAGUCCUCUGUGUACUGCUGUCUCUCUAUUGACUCUAUUUGAAUUCUGUUGUGGCUGUUAUUCUAAUGCUGUCCCCCCCCCCACUGUCUCUGUCAAACUACUUGGUCCAGUGGUAGAUAGAUUUAUAAUGGUGGAGGAGAGAGUGAGCGGACCAUCAGCAGUGUUGUUUCCUUUACUCCUCCCUAACAAUGUAGACUUGUUGUUGUAAAAUAAUCGCAAAUAAAAACAUUGCUUGGA